AUGGCUCACCGCGAGUCGCCCUCCAAAGACGAGCUCGUGCUGAUCCCAGCUAUCCGCAAGGACAGCACAACUGGAUACAAGUGCGUGAAUUACAACCGCGGCGCGAAGAAGUUCGAGGCAAAGGUGAUGGACGGCGGCAAGCGCAUCUUUAUCGGCCAAUUCGACACCGCCGAGGAGGCGGCCAUCGCCUAUGCUCGCUCAGAGUACGGCCGUGCUGACGCGGCCAAGAUGAAGCAGACCCGCCCCGCUCCGUCUGCGGUUGGCGCGGCCGCGGUUCGGCAGGCGGAGAAGGAGGGCCUCACCCUCGCCACGAGCGCCAACAAGAGCGGCUACAAGGGCGUCUUCAACAACCCCAAGGAGCACGGCAGCAACAAGUUCACGCUGCAGGGCCUCACCCUGGUCACCAGCUGCAACAGCAACAGCGGCUACAAGGACGUGAGCCGACGCGCGAGCAGAAAGUACAAGCUGCACGUGUGGGAGGGGGGCAAGGACGUCCACCUCGGAGUCUUUGGCACCGCCGAGGAGGCGGCUCUCUUCUCCAUACGACAGGCUGAAUUGUCAGCCAUCAACGACUCGUGA